AUGGGCAAUGAUGGCGGUUCCAUUCCUACGCGCCGAGAGCUUGUCAAGGACGCCGCCCGCGCUCCGACUAUCUCGGAGCUCAAGGCUACGGUACUCGAAUCGCUCGGCCAUGCUUGGGAGCACUGCGCCCUCAGCGGCGACCCCAUCGAUCUAGAGUCCGUCGUUUCUGACUGGCGCGGCCGUCUGUACAGCUACGAAUACGUACUCAACGGCCUUGUGCCCUCGGACGACCCUGAGACAACUGCCGCCACGCCCCAAUCGGUGGGCAUCCGCUCGCUACGCGAUGUGGCCAAGCUCAAGUUCUCUAAGAACAGCGACAAGUGGGUUUGUCCCAUUUCCAUGAAGGAGAUGGGCCCUUCGACCAAGGCCGUGUACCUCAUUCCUUGUGGUCACGUUUUUGCCGAGGUUGCCAUCAAGGAAAUUUCGGACACGGCUUGCCCUGAGUGUGCCGAGCCCUUUACUAGCGAUAACGUCAUUGACAUUUUACCGACGAAACGAGAAGAGGUCGAUCGUCUGGUAAAGAGGAGGGACACUCUGCGUGCCGCUGGCCUCACGCACACAUUGAAGAAAGACAAGUCUGAGAAGAAGAAGAAGCGAAAGGCGAAUGAUGACAAGGCCGAUGGGGAAGGUGACGGCCUCAGACAGAAGCAAACUGGGCCAAACAGUACGAGCAAGAAGAAUGACUCGCGGAACCAGGGUAACAUCAACAACCCCCUGGCAGCGUCUCUGACUGCCAAGGUGCUUGCAGAGCAAGAAGAAAAAAACAAGCGGCGUAAGUUGGCUUCUGAGCCGGCUCACAGGCACGGUGAAUCUGCAAAGACCUGA